UUGGAUCGUCCGCCUCUCUCUCUCUCUCUCUCUUCUCUCUCUCUCCGUCCAUCUUCUUCCUCCUCCUUCUCCAUUUUUCAUCGCUCAGCGAUCUCUCUCUCUCUCUCUCUCUUCUCUCUCUCUCCCCGCUUCGUCUCCGUCUAGACUCGCGAGGGUUCAUUGCUGAACGGAUCUCCGAGGACCCGACAGAAGGAAAUGGCUGCGGACGAUCCCAAGCAGGGCGGCGGCGGCGGCGGCGGCUUCUUCGCUUCCAUAGCUUCGAGUUUCUCCACCUUCGGUAGCGCCAUGACCAAAUCGGUUAACGGGCGUCUGGGUUAUGAGGGACUGCAGGUCAUUAAUCCAGAAGGAGGCACCCAAGAUGCGGAAGAGGAAGCAAUGAAAGGGAGGUGGAAACAGGAAGAGCGGGAUAGUUACUGGAAAAUGAUGCAGAAGUAUAUUGGUGCAGACAUCACAUCAAUGGUGACACUUCCAGUUCUCAUAUUUGAGCCCAUGACCAUGUUGCAGAGAAUGGCCGAGAUCACGGAGUAUUCUUACCUUUUAGAUCAGGCUGAUGAAUGUGAGGAUCCCUACAUGCGAUCGGUAUAUGUGGUGUCAUGGUUCAUAUCCAUCUAUUAUGCAUUUCAAAGGGCCUGGAAGCCAUUUAAUCCUAUUCUUGGUGAGACUUAUGAAAUGACAAAUCAUGAUGGCAUCACCUUUAUAGCAGAGCAGGUCAGUCAUCACCCUCCAAUGAGUGCUGCACAUGCCGAAAAUGAACAUUUUAUAUAUGAUGUAACUUCAAAAGUGAAGACCAAGUUUUUGGGGAACUCAGUUGACAUUUAUCCACUUGGAAGGUCUCGUGUGACCCUCAAGAGAGAUGGAGCUGUUUUUGAUUUGGUCCCUCCACCCACAAAAGUCAACAAUCUUAUCUUUGGGCGUACUUGGAUUGAUUCUCCAGGGGACAUGGUCUUGACAAACUUGACAAAUGGGGAAAAAGUUGUGCUAUAUUUUCAACCAUGUGGCUGGUUUGGGGCUGGUCGCUAUGAAGUUGAUGGCUAUGUGUAUGAUGCUGCUGAGGAACCCAAGAUAUUGAUGACAGGGAAGUGGAAUGAGUGCUUGAGCUACCAACCCUGCGACAAAGAAGGGGAACCACUGCCAGGCACUGAACUAAAAGAGGCCUGGAGAGUUGCUGAGGCUCCAAAAAAUGACAAGUAUCAGUACACAUACUUCGGACACAAGAUAAACAGUUUCAAUACUGCUCCCAAAAAAGUUCUGGCAUCUGACUCUCGUUUACGUCCUGAUAGAUAUGCACUUGAGCAGGGUGACCUUCCUAAAGCUGGUGCUGAAAAGAGCAGCUUGGAGGAAAGGCAAAGAGGAGAGAAAAAGAACCGAGAAAUGAAAGGCCAGAAAUUCACUCCAAGGUGGUUUGAUCUGACUGACGAAAUUAGUCCCACACCUUGGGGCGAUUUGGAAGUGUACCGCUACAAUGGAAAGUAUACUGAACAUCGGGCUGUUGUAGACAGUCUAGACACCAUCGAAGAGUCUGACAGUCUAGACACCAUCGAAGAGUCUGACAUUCAAUCAACUGAGUUCAAUCCCUGGCAGUACGAGGCAACUUUUGCUGAAUAAGUUAUCUAGUGCAAAUUCUACUUCCUGAAUACUUCUUUUUCACCUCCUUUUUCUUACGUAGUGGCCAAUGUAUAUCAUAGUUGAUCGUCUUGAAUGCGAUUAGCAUGUUAUUCGCCCCUUCGUUCUUCUACUCAGCAUUUUUUUAUUCAUAGGAGAUCGUAUUGUAUAAUUUACCGCUGCACUGCAGCAUGGUGUUUAAAUAGUCAGUUGAGAUCACAUUCUGAGUACUAUACAUCUCAUCUAUUCUUCUUGUAUUGAUGUCUGUGAAUUGCGCUAAGUUUUUUUUAUCUUUUAUUGUCAGUAUGAAUUGGGUUCACUUGAUAGUGUGUAAUCUCUGCAUUCCGCAAUUGGGAUGUGAAGUUUCCUUA